CCCCGUGCGGCGCGGGGUGUUGGCGUCGCCGGCGGGGCCGGUGGCAGCGCGCGGCCCUCGGUGACGGGGCGCGCGGCGGCGGCGCCAUGGCGGUGAACUACAGCGCCAAGGAUGAGGCGGACGGGCACCCCUCGGGCGGCGUCGGGGUGGCGGGCGGCGGCGCCGUGGGCGGCGGCGGCGGGGCCGUGAAGACCCGCAAGCCCGAUAACACGGCGUUCAAGCAGCAGCGCCUGCCGGCCUGGCAGCCCAUCCUGACGGCGGGCACGGUGCUGCCGGCCUUCUUCAUCAUCGGCCUCAUCUUCAUCCCCAUCGGCAUCGGCAUCUUCGUCACCUCCAACAACAUCCGCGAGUACGAGAUUGACUAUACAGGAACAGAGCCUUCUAGUCCCUGCAACAAAUGUUUAAAUGUGUCCUGGGAUAGCACACCACCUUGUACUUGCACCAUCGAUUUCACACUGGAACAUUCAUUUGAGAGCAAUGUAUUCAUGUAUUACGGACUUUCCAACUUCUAUCAAAACCAUCGUCGUUAUGUGAAAUCUCGAGAUGACAGCCAACUAAAUGGAGAUAACAGUUCAUUACUUAAUCCAAGUAAAGAAUGUGAGCCUUACCGCACAAACGAGGACAAGCCUAUUGCUCCUUGUGGAGCUAUAGCCAACAGUAUGUUUAAUGAUACAUUGGAAUUAUACCGCAUUGAUAAUGAUACAAGGAUUCCCAUUACUUUGAUUAAAAAAGGCAUUGCAUGGUGGACAGAUAAAAAUGUAAAGUUCAGGAAUCCUUCAGGGGAUACAAAUAACUUAACUGCACUUUUCCAAGGCACAACGAAGCCUGUAAACUGGCCCAAGCCGGUGUAUAUGCUGGACUCAGAGCCUGACAACAAUGGCUUUAUCAAUGAAGACUUUAUUGUGUGGAUGCGUACUGCUGCUCUGCCUACGUUUCGCAAGCUGUAUCGUCUCAUUGAAAGGAAGAAUAACUUACAGCCUACCUUACAGGCUGGAAAAUAUUCUUUGGAUAUCACAUACAAUUAUCCUGUACACAGCUUUGAUGGACGAAAAAGAAUGAUCCUAAGCACCAUCUCGUGGAUGGGAGGCAAAAAUCCCUUUCUGGGAAUCGCUUACAUCACUGUGGGUUCGAUAUGCUUUUUCUUAGGAGUCGUUUUGCUGAUCAUCCAUCACAAAUACGGAAAUCGAAACACUAGUGCAGACAUUCCCAAUUAGUCUUGCAUUCUGAAAACCAAUGUACUGCAUAUGCAUCAAGGCCAGUCCAGAAUGGACCCAGUUUUUGGAAGCUAAAUCUUUGCCUAUGUCACUUGUGAGGCUGGGUGCAUUUUUUUUUUUUAAUUUAAAUCCCCUUUUCCCUUCAUUGUGGAUUAACUUUUGAAAAUGACGGGUAUACAAUUAGCUAUAUUGAUUGUAUCUCUGCUUAUGUCAGAAACAAUUUUCUGAUAUUUGCCUCUAACUGGGCAGGCCACAUGAUGCAUAUAGCUUCUGUUCCUUUGAUGCAUCUGCUGCUUGUUAACGUGCUGUGUAAUGUCAGUAUGAUUCAGUACAUAUAGAUUGUGUGGAGAAAGACUGUUAUGACAUACUGUGUAAAUUUUUAAGAAUCUUCAGAAUUCAGGUGUCAGUGCUGUUGAAAGGAAAAGUCAAGUCUUCAGUGUUUUUUCAAUUUACUGUGUUGUGUGCAUGGGCUCUUACGUUUCUUGCUGAGAUGUUAAUAUAUUUAUAUAAGUUGUUAAAUAUUUUUCCUAUGUCCUACUCAAUUCUGUUAUGUUAAAUACUCAAAGUGCAGUGUAAAUUACAGCACUUGAUUCUUUUUAUAUUUACAACAAAUGUGCCUGGCCAGUAAACUAGCAUCUUGUGAAGAGAUUGGAAAACCUAUUUGUUAAUUAUCUGCAUGAGUCCAUUCUAAAGUGUGUUCUAAAUUAGGAAGCACUUGCUGCAGGUAGAACCUGCUUGGUUCUAAUUUGCUUUGCUUUAAUUCAUUUCUAAUACUAGUUUACCUAUUGUGCUUGCUGGUUUUGCUUCUUAUGACCAAAUCCAAGCAUUAAUCAAGAAGACAUUAAAAUACUUUUUUCCAUUCAUAAGCCUGGUUUGGAUAGUUCUUUUACUGAAGGAGUUUCCUUCCCCCCCCCCCCCCUUUUUUUUUUCCCUGAGGCAUAUAUAUUCCAAGCAACUUUGCUAUAAAGGAAAGGUCAUGCUGUGUUUCCUUGUUUGGAGUAAACGACACAUUACCUUCUUGCUGUGUUGAGAUACUGAAUUACAGAAAUUCAAGAAUGGAGAUGACAGUAGCCUCUCUUUCAAAUACAAGUUGAGCUUGCUGCGAAACCAAAUUUAAGUGUUGCAGUUAGAAGCAAAGUGUGGGUUAGUGUCUUAAAUCGUAUUACUGAAGGGUUCACUUUUUGAGUUAAUUCAACAUUAUCUGUAACCUGUAAACUGUAAACUAUUACUUUUUUUUUUUUUUUUUUUUUUUUUUUUUUUUUUUUAGAUGAUGCACAGAAAUUGUAAUGUAUAUGGUGGAGAUCACUUUAUAUGCAGCAGGCUUGAUAAAGAAUUAAAUAUAUAUUUAAAAAGAACUAAUAAAUUCUGCAAACAAUUUACUAAGAUUUUAUUUUGUUCUUUAAGGUGCAUUUGGUUCACCUGUGUAAAAACAUCAAGUGUGAAUAUGAUUCAGGCAAGUUAUAUUUCUGGGGUUGCAUAUUUGUUAUAAGGUAUUUCUUCAUAGUAUCAUUGCUCAACAUCUAACUACCUUCUAAAAUAGUACUGUAUUCAUUUAUCAUGUGCGCUUGUGACCAUUUUUUACUGAAUUAUUUCUUUUGUGUAAUCUUACAAGCUAGCAGUUUUAGUAUUUAAGUUUGUAUGAACCGUGGAAUGAGGCUAGCUUUCCAUAACUGCAUAUAAUAAUUUAUUUGCAUAAUAUAGUGAUGCAGCAUAGGGCUUUUAACAUCUAAAAGACUGUUUAAGAUUCUACAGUGUUGUAUUUAUAUGCUGCUGGAGUUAUAGAAUAAGAGUAUGUAACUUUGAUAUUUGUAUAUCGCAAAGCAGAAAAUUCGCACAAAAUGCUAAAUAAACUGGCUUUUAUCUGUA